GGAUUCAAUUUGGAAUUUAAGCUAUAUUUCAUGUAUGUUAUCUCAUAUAUUAACCACGCUGACUAUUUUGUAAACCUAAAACAAUAAAUUAUGAAUGUCCACCCCAAGAAAGGUAUGGGUUUAUUUUCAAAGGGGAUGUAUCACAGGAAAGAGGAUGUAUCCCUGUGAUUUAUUGAAAGCUCUCACUUAUGGAGUAGCCAGCCAUUUAGCCAUUGCCAUGGCUACGAUCAAUCAACUUGGUAUGGUAAGAAGCUAUGUGGUAUGACAUAUUUCGAAGUCAGCUUUUACGUAUUCCGCAUAUCAAAAUGAGGGAUUUUCUAGAUUUCUCAAGAGUAAUUAUUCUUAAAAACUCUUUAACUAUAAUUUCCAGAUUAAAUUAUUCAGAUAAUCUGCCUGCUUUUGGAGGGUGAAAUAAUAAAAUCUGUAUUUUCACCGAGGCUGUGGGAAAUUCCGUGGCUUUAUUUUUUUACUAUGGCCGAGAAGGAGGAUUGUAUUUGUGGCCUGGUCGCUUCUCCACCUACAUAUAAUUGGAACCUUCCACGAACUUUGACGUAAUUGGAACCUGCCUCAGUUAACACCUUGCUAAACCCUCCUAGAGAGAGAGAGAGAGAGAGAGAGAGAAGUAAUUAUGAAUUCCCAUGCAUGAACUAUUUAAGGCAAUUGGAACCUCCCUUGGACAACACUACUGCUUUUUCCACCAGAAGAGAUCAUGUUUGCCACUCUCCUAACUAGAUAAGACCAUUUCAGAGUCACGACUCUGGACAAACGAUUGCUUUUUUAGAAGGAAAAGAGAUCAGAUUUUGUGAGUCUGAAUAAUAAUCAUUACAAUUUACGAACAUCCAUCAUGUCAUCAUGCCUGCAUGUCACAUGAGAGAGACCCUUGUUGCUGUUGACCUUAAAGUGAUUAUCGAAUGGGGUUCGCUAGGGCGCUGCCUGUCCUUCAAUACGCGGCCUGGUGGAGGUUUUCCUUCAUAUCUAAUUAUCGGGUUGGUCUGGUGGAGGUUUUUCCUCGUAUAUUUUCAAAUAACGACAGGGCUUGGAAAUACCAUUGAGGGCGUCGUUUUUAUAAAUGGAACAACUUGUAUAGCAAGAAUAGAUGAUGACUUUGUCUGUGCCACUUUGGAUUGGUGGCCUCCUGAGAAAUGUGACUAUGGAACAUGUAGCUGGGGCAGAACUUCUCUGCUGAAUCUAGACCUUAACAAUCUUAUAUUAAUGAAAGCCAUCAAAGCUUUUUCUCCCCUAAAAAUCAGAUUAGGGGGAACCUUACAAGACAAAGUCAUAUACGACACAGAAGGCAAUCCUCCACAAUGCAGCUCAUUUGUAAAAAACAACUCUGAGUUGCUAGGUUUCUCUCAAGGCUGCCUCCCUAUGUCUCGCUGGGAUGAACUCAACAUUUUCUUCAAAAAAUCCGGGGCUGUGGUUGUUUUUGGUCUAAAUGAACUAAGCGGCAAGACUGUAGAUUCACAAGGCUCUGCUAUAGGAGCUUGGAAGUCCAGUGAUGCCGAGUCACUUAUACGAUAUACUGUCAAUAAUGGUUACACUAUUCAUGGAUGGGAGCUUGGAAAUGAACUGAGUGGGAAUGGAAUUGGAACGAGGGUUUCAGCACAUCAAUAUGCAUCAGACAUAAACUCUCUCCAAAAUAUGGUGCAAAAUAUUUAUGCUGGUUUUGAAGUUAAACCACUAGUCAUUGCGCCAGGAGGUUUCUUUGAUGCGAACUGGUUCACAGAAUUCAUCAAGGAAACACCCGAGUCUCUUCACGUCGUCUCCCACCAUAUUUAUAGCCUUGGUCCAGGUGUUGAUGAUCACCUUAUUGAUAGGAUCCUAGAUCCAUCUAGUCUUGACAGCGUAUCGCAGACCUUCAGUAGCCUUCGGAGCAUUCUGAAGAGUAGUGGGACUCGAGCAGUUGCAUGGGUUGGAGAAGCAGGCGGGGCUUAUAACAGUGGCCAUCAUCUUGUCACUGAUGCAUUCGUUUUUAGUUUCUGGUACUUGGACCAGCUCGGAAUGGCAUCAUCUUUUGACACCAAAACAUACUGUAGACAAUCAUUAGUUGGUGGAAACUAUGGCCUACUCGACGCUUCCACAUUGGUUCCAAAUCCUGAUUACUACAGCGCCCUUCUUUGGCAUCGUUUGAUGGGAAGGAAUGUUCUAUCCACAAACUUCUCCGGAACAAAUAAAAUCCGAGCUUAUGCUCACUGCUCAAAGAAAACGCAAGGAAUCACAUUGCUCCUGAUCAACCUUAACGGUAAUGCUACAGUUCAAGUGCACGUUUCAACAGAAAAUGCUACCAUCCUCAGCACUUCGAAUUCACAAGAAAAUCAAAAUCCAAGAACUGGGUUUGCUACAAUGUCUCGAGGGUCUAAAAUUCGUUAUAUUACAAGAGAAGAAUACCACUUGACGGCUAAGGAUGGGGAUUUACACAGCCAAACAAUGCUUCUUAAUGGAAAAAUACUUACUGUAAAUUCCUCAGGGGAUAUUCCAUUCUUGGAACCAAUCACUGUAAACCAAUCAGACCCAAUAACUGUAGCUCCUUUCUCUAUUGUAUUUGCUCAAAUACCUUAUAUUAUUUUCUCUGCAUGUAAUUAGCCACUUUCAUUUGUACAAACCAAUAAGAUCUCUCCCAUAUAUGUUCAGGAAAACAGAUCCCAGAUGUUAGCGCAA